CACGCAUCUCAUUCUCCCGCCAGCCUACAUCUUCUCCUCUCCUCGCUGUUCUGACCCUCUACGACCAUGGCACGCACUGCACUCACACCAGUACCACCGGGCGGUAUCAAGUCUUACUACCAAGCGAAAAUUGAGUCCGCAGAGCUCGACAUCAACCAGAAGACACAGAAUCUGCGACGUCUGGAGGCACAGAGGAAUGCGCUGAACGCGAGAGUGCGGCUUCUGCGCGAGGAGCUGCAGCUCUUGCACGAACCCGGCAGCUAUGUUGGCGAAGUGGUGAAGGUAAUGGGCAAGAACAAGGUUCUUGUGAAGGUGCAGCCUGAGGGAAAAUACAUCGUUGACUUCGACCCGGACAUCGACGUUGCCUCUCUGAAGCCUACUCUUCGCGUCGCGCUGCGUUCAGACUCCUACACGAUACACAAGAUCCUACCCAACAAGGUCGAUCCGCUGGUGUCCCUCAUGAUGGUCGAGAAAGUCCCCGACAGCACAUACGAGAUGGUUGGCGGUCUCGACAAACAAAUCAAAGAAAUCAAGGAGGUCAUCGAGCUUCCCGUCAAGCACCCAGAGCUCUUCGAGGCUCUCGGUAUUGCCCAGCCGAAGGGCACGUUGCUCGCGCGAGCGGUCGCGCAUCAUACGGACUGCAAGUUCAUCCGAGUGUCAGGCUCGGAGCUCGUGCAGAAGUACAUUGGCGAGGGUAGCCGAAUGGUCCGGGAGCUGUUCGUCAUGGCCCGGGAGCACGCGCCGAGUAUCAUCUUCAUGGACGAAAUCGACUCCAUCGGCAGCUCACGAGGUGACAGCGGGUCGGGAGGGGGUGACUCCGAGGUGCAGCGGACGAUGUUGGAGCUGCUGAACCAGCUUGAUGGCUUCGAGGGGACGAAGAACAUCAAGGUCAUCAUGGCGACCAACCGGAUAGAUAUUCUCGACGCUGCAUUGCUCCGUCCGGGCCGUAUCGACCGGAAGAUCGAGUUCCCUCCGCCAGGUCCGGAAGCCCGGGUGGCUAUCUUGCGCAUCCACUCGCGAAAGAUGUCACUCCAACGAGGAAUCAACCUUCGUGCCUUGGCCGAGAAGAUGGGACAAUGUUCUGGUGCGGAGGUCCGGGGUAUCUGUACCGAAGCCGGUAUGUACGCUCUGCGGGAACGGAGACAACAUGUCACACAGGAGGACUUCGAGUUUGCGGUUGCGAAGGUGUUGAAGAAGAACCAGGAGGGUAACACCUCCGUCAGCAAGCUGUUCUCUUAGUAUUCAGUAGACGCCUUGUUAUGUUGAUGCUUUCUAUCCCAUGGACACCUUCAUCGAUAUCCGCGUACUGGGUGUGCAUGAGACAGAACGCAGCUGGGUGGUCAUUGAUUGUGCAUCUUCGCCGCGCUUUCCGUCAUUUUCCUGCGAAAUGAUGACCAACAGUCAUAACUUGGUCAUGGCGGGCGGCGUUGUC